AUGGUGAAAUACAGUGAUAAAUGCUAUGACCAAAGUUGGGACAAGAUUCAGUGGAAGGAAAAGAGGAUGCGUGUGAUUGAAUUUGUGUAUGGAAGAGGUAGCUUGCGGGGCUUCCAGGAAAAUGAUGAAUCUCCAGGUAUUAGCCAGCAUGGGACACAACUACAUUCCAGCAAAUUUGAAGUCCAGGAAAGUGACUUGUCAAAGUUAGCAGCAAAGUCUAAGAAAAUUGAAGAAAAUAGUAACAUAGGUCUACAGCAGGAUAAAACUCACAGUCUUGGCAUCGUGAAUAAAUGUAGUAAGGGAACGCAGAGCUUUCUAAGCUCACCCGCGACGAGCCACGCGUGGCUGACUGGGUGGCCGGGUGGGCGCCCGGCACUGCGGGAACCCAACCCCGCGAGAAAACGGCCGCCUGGGGGCUGCGCGUCGUCACCGGCGGCCCGAGCCAGGCCCCGCUCACCCCGGCUUCGCGGGCGGCCGGGUCCCGGGCCAAUGGAGGGGUCGCUCCAGGGGGCGCGGGGCACCCCGAGACCGCCCCGACGCGGCCCAGGGCGCAAGCGCACGCCUGCCCAGCCUGAAGAGCGCGCCCGUUCCGCCCCACGUCGCCACCGCCGGCUGCGACCCCCGAAAGAUGCGCUACCUUUAAAGAGAGGACCAGCCGCGUUCCCGCGCGUGCCCGGCGUUCGUGGGCCGGGCCGGGACGAGGCGCCGGUGUCCAGCCGUCCGGUAGGCGCUGGAAUGGGCGCGAGCGAGGCCGGCUCCGCUGGCUGGGGGCGCCGGCGCGCCUGGUCGCCGGGUCCGAGCAAACCGCAGCCGCCCACGGCCCCGCCCCUCCUGGCCCCGCCUCGCGACUCUCCUCAGAGGCCGCCUCCACCCGCAGGCCGCAGCGCUAGCGCUGGCGCUGACGCCCACCUGGCGGAAUCCUGCAAGGCGAUCUGAGCCCCCAGCCCCUCUCCGGCGGGGUCGGCGGUUCCGAGAGCACCCCUUAGGUGGCACGUGGGAGGCUUCCUGCCUGCUGGUCUUCAGCUAAUUCCCUGUGGCCACCUGCCUGUGACUCCACACAGGGAUUCUUUACAUUCCUGUAUGAUAUUUUAAAACAAGCUUGUCUACAAAAAUAUUGCUGGGAUUUUGCUGAAGAUUGCCUUGAAUCUAGAAAUCAACUUGGGGAGAAUCUGCAUCUUGAUAAUGUUGCAUCUUCAAUAAACAUGAUUG